CACGUGCCGGCCUGCCGCUGCCGCGUAGCUUGGUGGGGGCGGCUUUGCCUGGCGCCGGGCAGGAAGGGAGGCGGCUGUCGUGCCAUUCUUAAAGGGACCCGAGGGAAGGCGAAAGGCUGCUGACGGCCGGAAGGAAAAUGAGUGAGUCUUUGGUAGUUUGUGAUGUUGCUGAAGAUUUAGUGGAAAAGCUGAGAAAGUUUCGUUUUCGCAAAGAGACGAACAAUGCUGCCAUUAUAAUGAAAAUUGAUAAGGAUAAACGCCUGGUGGUGCUGGAUGAAGAGCUUGAGGGCAUUUCACCAGAUGAACUUAAAGAUGAACUACCUGAACGACAACCUCGCUUCAUUGUAUAUAGUUAUAAGUAUCAACAUGAUGAUGGAAGAGUUUCAUACCCUCUGUGCUUUAUUUUCUCCAGUCCUGUUGGAUGUAAACCUGAACAACAGAUGAUGUAUGCUGGGAGUAAGAAUAAGCUAGUCCAAACAGCUGAACUCACCAAGGUAUUUGAAAUAAGAAAUACCGAAGACCUAACUGAAGAAUGGUUACGUGAGAAACUUGGAUUUUUCCACUAAUGUGAACUUCUGUGUUUCUAAAGUAUUUAUGUAUUAACCUGACCAUACUGGAACCAGACAUAAAUACUUAUUUAUGCCUAAAAAUGCACUGUUAUUUACAGUCUGUUACCUGCAGUAAAGAAAAAUUCUUCAUUUGUUCAAAGUUUGAACAAAGGGGAAAUCAUCUUCAUAGUAAUGAAACUUUGUAAAGUGUUUCCUUAUAUUUGUAAUUGUUAGGUGGACUACUUCUCUCCAGGGACUUUUUGCACUCUUGUGACUAAUUUCUACAACUUAUGGUUCAGAAUUUGUUACUAUUUACAGACACCAUUGGAAAGUGGGUAUUAGAUUGUGAUAGACAACAGUUGCCUCCUUUUGACAAAUACUGGAUAUUAGCAGUUUAUAUAUGAAAAUAGCAUAUUAUCACUUGUCAAAUCUUUGAAAUCAAUUUGGGAUAAAAGACUUGAGUGACCCAAUUUUGAGCCAUGAAUAAUAACUUACUAUAGUAUAAUCUGCAUUACAAGCAUUUUUUUCAUCAAUUCCAUGCCUUCUUAAUUUUCUGUAUCCUUUUAAUCAAGUCCAGAAACUUUUCAUCAAUUGCUUGUUCUUAAGGUCUGGAAGUUAGAUUUUAUAAUAAAGUUAUGACUAUUAGGUUCUCUUCUUAUGGAAAAUAGCAUUUUAGUCUUAGAAAUUGAUGGAUUGUAACUAAUUAAGGGCCUCAUUCCUGGUUGUGUCAUUUCUAGAUAGUUUUGAAUCUACGUUAAUAACACUUUAUUUAUAAAGCACCUCUUAAUGUCGUCCUGUGAAUGCUCGUUAUUUUACAUGUGUUAAUACUGUGCCUUUGUUAGCUUUACAUUUAGUUUAAGACUUCUACACUCUGCCAGUAUUCCAGAUUUGGUGAAAUUAAUACUUUUGUGAAGGGUCCAAGUAAAACAAUUUUCUAAUAUGUGUAUCUGGAAUUUGUAAUAAAAUCAACUUGAUAUUUUAAAAAUUCCAACUAUCUACUUGCAUUGGUGAAUAUAUGGCAGUUGAGAGUUAUAAUUUGGGGCAUAUUUGUGAUUAGUUUUGUGCCAUAGGAAAAAAAAUGGUUAUCUUAAAACCUUGGCCAUAGUUAAUAACAUUAACACAUCAAUAGAAAUCUCAUCUUACAUCCUAAAUGUCAGAAGAUACUCUAAACUGGACACCUGUCUUGUUAGAUGAUGGCAUCCUUGGCAUCAUUAAAGCAAGGAUUCUGAUAUAUAGUGUACUUUAAAAACAUAUGAGUAACUGUUAUCUUGACAUUAUCUUGACAUUAUUUAUCUUGACAUUAAUUUGACAAAAGGUCUUGAGACUCUAAAGACUACCCAGAUUUGGUGAGUGAAUUCUUUUAUUAAGAAUAUCUUAAUCAUUUCAAAACUAGCAAAGGCUUUUUUUUUUAAUGUUGGCGUAUCUGCCAUUCAUAUGUGCUUUGCAUUUUUUUAAGCUUUCUGUGCCAACUUUAAUAAAGAGGUGAAGAUAGUUGGAAUUUUCACAAUAUUGAAUCUUCUAUUCCAACACUGUUUGGCUUCACUAAUCUAAAAAACAGGAAGCAAUAGGAAGUUAGUUGGAGAUGAGGAAGUGCUAGAGGGGGUAUUUGUUUUGGUUAAUGAAUGGGAAGGGUUCUUUAUUCCAAUUUCCUGAGAGAGAGAACUUCACCCAGGAUGUUUAAGAAUUCUUUAAACAGCUAUUUUGAUAUUGGAGAAUAAUGCUUAUAAUUCUGCAGAAAUGCAAAUGUAAUCCAGGUGACUGGACACUUCUUCUAAUGUUUUUGAAUGAAGGAAAUGAGAUUUUGUUUCAUCAGGUUCGCAGCAAUAAGAGAAUCUAGGGCUGCAAGAAUGUAUUUUUUAGUGAGGUUCCUUAUUUUGUCUUGCAUGUUUUAGGUGUUUUUUUUUAAAUUUAAUUGGAAGGUCCUCCAUAAUGUCAGAUAAUAUUGACCUCCAUACACAGAACUCUUAGCUCCCCUGUUCUCUAACAGGGACAAAGAGCUGUGAUAAACCAUGCUUUUUUGAGCUUGUCUGACUCCUUAUCGAUAACAUGUAUUUUUGCAAGACAAUAGAUGAGGUUAGGGGAUCAGUAGAACAUUUUUUUCACUUCCUUGGUCCUAUAGGGAGAGUUAUAGAUUCCUUGUCCUAGAGUGUUCUCUGUUUUUUAUAUAUAUUUCCCUUUCAUUUAACCAAAUUUUGCAUUGUUCUUUUUGAGUAUAUUUCCUAUUCAAUCUCUUUUUCUGCCUUCUCCCUAAUAGUAACUCCAGAUUUUGUAAUUCCAGUUUUUACAUUCCAUUUCUGGUACAGCCAUUCCCAUUCAGCCUUCAAACUUCAUCUUUCCUUUUGGGCAGCAGCUUUUUUCCUGGGAACCUCCUUCAUGGUCUUCUAAGUCACCAUUAGUUUUGAAAUUGUUGGCCUUGUAUAAGUUCUGCAUAGCAUCUAAUGUUGUCAAAAUAGAACUGACUCGUAAUCACAGCAUGUUUUUUAGUAUGAUUUUUGUGGCAACAUAAAUGACAUAUGAAGAAAACUGUUCUCAGGUGACUAUGCUGAAAUUCCAAAAUGUCAAAGAGUUUUGAAUAGUAUUCACUUUGUUCUGGUAUUGAAGCAAUUAUGUUAGGAAAAAAGUUGUUUGGCUGUUUUUGUUUAAUUGACUUCUAAAAUAAAUGUUCAAAUUGUCUAUUUCUAAAAAGUUUACUAAAUGCCUAGUGCAGUUAAACAUACUCUUGUUUAAGAGGGUGUUGCUGAAUUUUGUAUUGUCAUUACUAAAUGAUCUUUGUAGCAAAAUGUCAGCACUUUUCUCUCCCUUUUUGUCUCCUAUUUUCAGGAGUCGAACGUAGCCAUAAACUGUAUCCUGGUCUGACACUUUAAAAAUUUUCCAGUUAAAGGAGUUUAUUGCCAAAUUAAAUUUGGCUGUCUUUGUUCCCCACUCAUAUAGAUAGUAAGGAAGGGGUUCUUAAAAAUAUGUCUGGACUACCUUAAAACACGAGCAAUGUCAUUAAUCCAUAAUGUGGACUAGUGAUGAAAAGAUAUUUUCAUAAGAGUUUAAAUGCUGACAUUUGGUGGAAGGUAGAGAGUAACUCGUAAUCUAUCAAUUCAAAUAUUCUUAGUAUGGUUGCUUUCCCUGUUUGUUCAAUAGACUGAUAAUACUGGAAUCUACAGAAUUUGAGCCUUUACAACUUAUGUGAAGAAGUGUCUCAAACAUUUCUGGACGAAUCUUAUUUUGUAUUUCUGGAACAAUGUAACUCUUUUAGGCCACUUAACAUCAGUGCUCCCAAGUUGAAUAUUCUUGAGAAAUUUGUUUCUUAUUAUGCCAUUUGACAUUUCAAAUCAGUGAUCAUCUCCCUAUGAUAUUUAAAACAACUACAUUAAGGUUGUGAUAGAAACUGUGUUUUCUUGCUUUUUGGAGUAUAGUUCAUACACGUGUAAUUACUUGAAUAUUGUUUGAGAUCACUAACAUGCCAGGGUAGUUCCCACUGAUUUAGGUGGUCCAAUGUAAUCUCAUUCAGGAGGCUUGAAACAUUAAUGGUUUAGUCUUGUGAAUUUUAACAGUUUCCUGUCAUCGUUUAACAAAAUCAACAGCUGGCACAACUUCUGAAGCUGUGGUUUCAGUCUGUGCGAGUUCAUAUUGCAUGUUUAUUUUGGACAGUCUUCUGUUAAGCAUGGUGCUUGUACUGGUUUAAAUAAAAUGUUAACAUGAAAGGACUUAUAGCUUUUCAUUGUUUACUUGCCUCCUUUCCCUUUUGUUGUUAUUUACUAUUACCUGCCUGGCUCACUUGUGGCAUCUGUGUGAACCACACAGAUUCAGUUGUUUACUUUAUCUGGAAAAACCGAGAGGCAAAAUAAGUGGAUCAGUUGGCAAAAGUAGGAACGGGGGAGGGAAAAUAUAACGAGAUUAUAAAAAUUUCUAAAACUUGGUCUGAUACUAAAAUGGUUUGUUUGUAGGGGCAGAGGGCAUUAUUUCAAAUGAUGAACACUUGCUUUCAAGGGAAGACUAAGUUAGAGGGUGUGUGUAUUUUGUAAGAAAUCAAAUUAAAUUGAAGCAUCUUUUAUUGAAUAUAGUUUAUCACCAUUUAUUAAACGUCCGUUAAAGACCCAUUCUGCCUAUAUCACAGACUGUUGUCCGUGGUUUGUGUGUCGUGGGUAUCUAUUGAAUGAAUACAAGUCAACAGUACUUAACAUAGUAUUUAGACUUUACCAUAUACUUCUUGUGAUUGACUAUGUAGUAGUCACAGUUGGUUUACCGUUGUGAAAGGAGCUGUUUUUGCCUUCCUAUAUUCAAGAAUCUCACAAGGAGAAUUGGCCAGAGGAAACAUCUUCCUUAUUUCUCAAAUUUAGCCACUUAGCUACUCAGACGGCCAGCUCCUAAAUUUUUCCACCUUCAUUGUCUUUUUGUCCUUUUCAGUUUCAGCAUCAAAAAGCAUUCCUGGGCUUCCCUGGUGGCGCAGUGGUUGAGAGUCCGCCUGCCGAUGCAGGGGACACGGGUUCGUGCCCCGGUCCGGGAAGAUCCCACAUGCCACGGAGCGGCUGGGCCCAUGAGUCAUGGCCGCUGAGCCUGCGCGUCAGGAGCCUGUGCUCUGCAGCGGGAGAGGCCACAGUGGUGAGAGGCCCGCGUACCGCAAAAAAAAAAAAAAGUAUUUCUAAUCACUUACCCUCACAGUGAGGGCCCACUCUCAUUUGCAUGAGGGCGCACCCUGAGUGGAUGCUCUCUCCUUGUGCGGUAUAUUUUUAGCUAUGUUGGGAAGCCAGUUAGAGGAAAGAUCUUAUUGCUGAGCAUCAGGGAGUUCUCUCAUCCUUUGCUUGAGAUAUGCGCCUAGGCUACAUGAAAAGCUCCCUGCUGAGAUAACCCUCUCUUCCAAUUACAGGAAAGAAAAAGCGGAAUGUCUAGGUUGCAUCCAAAAGCCACCUUGUGCUGCCCCGACAAAGCAGGGGGAAGGCCGUGUAUGUGUGUGUGUGUGUGUGUGUGUGUGUGUGUGUGUGUGUGUGUCAGCGAGUGGGGGUAGGAGUGGGGAUGGGGACGUGGGGGGGGCGGUGGAUUCUAGACACUGUUACCUACACAAUUAAGUAUAGAUUCUGUUACCCUGGAAUUAAGUCCUGCAGUAUUGUGACCUAUUCCUUACCUGUAAUGGAUGGCGGAUCCCAAUACACCACAGACCUUUGUUAGGUAGAAAUACCCCUGCCACUGCUCCUUGCUGAAGGGGCAAGCCUUUAGGCAGCCAUGGUUUGUCCCACAUGGCUGUACUCCUGUCUGCAGCUCCCUCCCCAUCAUCAGUACACACAGGAUCUCUCCCAAGGGCCACCAGCCUCUAAGAUGUUGCCUAACUGGUACCAAACACUGGGCCAAUUGCUUUCCUGGUGUCAGUCUUGUUACUUUAUAAAGAGGUACAAUUCAGUUAUAGUUCAAUUCCUGAUAUUGGGAUGAUGAUCUCAUUCUCUUGAAUGAGGCCAUUAGCAGUGGGAGCUGAACUUGGAAGAACGCUGUUAGAUGGAGAAGAGGCCAAGUGCAACCUACAGAGCAGAGGGAAAGAAGAUGCCAGCUGGGGAGGUAUAGAAUGAAGCAGGUGUGCAGUGAGCAGCUGAAUCAUGUUAAAGAUGGAGCCCUGAAUUGAAGGGCCACCCUCCUGGCUUCUAGGUUCCUAGGGCCACUCUUCAGAGUCCCCCUCGUUCUGAGGCCUGGUUGGUUGGUCAGCUUUUUCUGGGUUCCUCUGCGUGUCUAUCCUUACUAGAAACCCUCCAUUACUUAAAUCAAUAUGGACAUGUCUGUUCACUUGCAUAAAGUACCUAACCCCAGUGCUACCUCUGGUUUCAUCUGCCCCUAUUCCCUACAUUUACACCAUCUCCAGCCCAACUUUUAUACAAACAUGCCCUGGCCCUGUCCCCCACCAACAGAAACACCUCUUCCCCAUGCUGCUGCUGCCUGCCAAAACCAGUGAUCUUCAAAAAGCAUCUCAAAUGCCAUUUAAACCAUGAAGUCUGCUGUUUGUUGGACUAAAUAUAGCAUCUUCUUAAAACACACACACACACACACAAACUUUACGGCCAGGAGCCCAUUGCCCAGGUGCACCCUCAGGACAAAACAACCAACCCCGCCGACCCCCCGCAGUCCCCAUGGGGCCAGUUCCUUCCAGCCCUGUGGCUGUCUCCAUCCCUUGAGACCUGGUAACUGGCUUUGACUGAAACAAUCUCUGCUCGAUGGCAGUAUGGCUCCAUAAAUGCCAACUAAGUGCCUAACCCUAAGCAAAAGGUAGAAAAGGUCUACCACUCAGAGAAGUCCUGUGACAUUUUUGGUUAUCUCUUCUCUUGUCUCUGGAGGAAUUCUCUGGCUCCAUAGCUUUUCUGGUCGCUCUUAAGAAUUAUGGAAUUAUGCUCAGUUUUUCAGGUAGUACAAAUUCCAGUCUAGCCUAAUGUCAGAACUUCAACAUCUUACUUUCUUUAAAGCUCCCUCCCUCCCUCCCAUCUCCCUUUCCUCUACUCUGCCUCCUUCAAGCUUGUUCCAGGCUGGGAAAGCCACCGUGUGACGUAGGGUGUGGCCUGUCCCGCAUUAUUGCCCUGCUUCGCUCCUCCAUUCACUAGGUGUUUUUGGGCCCUUGGAGACUGGAGGAAAUGGGCAACAUAAGGGAGAAGGAAAAGACUUAUUAACCUGGUACAGAUGUAACCUGGAGUUGGCGCCCUCUGGCGUGGUCAGUGUCAAAUACCACCUUUUUUCCCCCAUGGAAUGAUUUCAUGGGUUUCUUGCCAAUUCCCCCAGUGGGGGCUUUGGCUGCAAGACCCUUGACUCGGGUCAUGCCCCCUAUGGCUGGUGACUUUACAACCAUCCCUCCCAGCUCUUGGCUUCUAGCAGUCAACUCUGGUACCCUCCCUUUGUUUCUCCAGUCUGGCAUUUUGAGCAGGGCCUGCAAGAAACACGUGUCUUUGCCUUGCUGUCGUCAGGGACUGUACAACUCUCUCAUUCUGCCAUCAGGGUCAGCUCUCAGAUCUAGCCCUGCGUACCUCUCUGAUCUCAUUUUGUCCUAUUCUAGCCCACUACACCUGAGCCAAGCUGCCUUAUUUUUGUUCCUCCAACAGCAAGCUCAGUCUUUCUCACUAGCUGUAGCUUCUUCCUGGGAAGAUUGCCCGCUCUCCCCUCUGCACACCCCUCAUCCCUUCCCCUGCAAUAUUCCUGUGGCUGGCUCCUGUAUUCUGAACUGAGCUUAAAUGGUGCCGCUCAGAGGCUUUCCUAUCAUCCUUCCUAAGGUGGCAACACAUUGAUACUCACGUCCCAUCUGUUCUCAUUCUCUGCAUAGCACUUAACCACCAUCUGAUAUUUUUGUAAUUUAUGUAACUGGUCUGAUGAAGGAUUCUCAAACGGAAUAUUAUAACAAAUUUUGGGUUGUUUUUUAAAAAACUGUUACCUCUGUUCCUUGUCAAACCUCUCUUUUUCCCUCUGGUUAGAAAGCUUCCUUAAUGAUAUAUUUCCAUAACAUGUCAGUCGCUUAUUUGUUAAAAGUGCCUUUUCUGUUACUAAGAUUCCGUUCUGUUCCUUUUAAAAAUUCCGUCUCAGAUUUGAUUCAGACCUUUUCUCCCCAUCAGCACAGGCUAAACUUGUGGCUGGCGGUGGUGGGGAGCACCCAUCCUCAGUCCCCUUGCACUGCCUUUCUCACUUAUCCCCCUGGCUUGGGGAUGGGGAAGAAGGAGACAGAAAAGGUGUUAGCUAAUGCACCUGCCCAGGGCAAGCUGCCUCUGUUCUCCUAGAGGGGUUCUUUCUUUGAGCAUCCAUCCCGUGCUGCUGGUGAGUAGGUUGCUUACUUCUGGUUGUCAUUGCUUCUUUAUUUAACACCAACUGGCUGUGGUUCCAAGAGUGGGACAAGUAUUCAAACAAUGAUUCUUUCCUACGGGUCAUCUUUUGGAUUUUAGAUGUCUUUGGGGGGUUUCUUCAUGAUUACUCUUUCUACAAAUUUUGUUUUACUGGAUUAAUAAGUAUCAUUUCCCCCCAUUUUCUUAGUUUUUAAUGUAUUCAUUGCUAUUUUUUGCCCAAAUACCCCAAGAGAUUAAUAAAAGGCCUAGAGCAAUUCUUCCCAAUACUUCAGCAUAUAGGAAAAGCUGUCAGUUCCCUUCUUCUCCUUGGAGCCCUACUUCCCCGCCUCCCAUCUUCCCUCUAGAUCUGCACACACACUGGAUGCUCUGUAGGUAUGAGGCCAGAUGUCAUCCUGAAGUUUCCCCCUCUUGCUUCUUAGCUGGAGCCCCUCGGUUGGAUCCCAUGUAUUCCCUGUCUUGUUAACUCAUGACGUUGAGGCUCAUGGCACAUGGGAGGAGAGCUUUUGUGUUUCUGAAAAUGUUUUUCCUCCAUACUCACAGUUAAUUUGUGGUUUGGCUGGUGUGCCAGAUAGUUUUGGUUUGCUUCUCCAGACCCACUCUCUGUCCUUCUCCACCCUGGUCUGUGCCCUCAAGGAGGCUGAUGUUUAGAAACUAUAUCAACUGGCUCCUUUGCCUUCUGAUUUCUUUUUGAUUUCAGCCAAUCUCUAAGAAGGAUAGGGGGUGAGGAUAGGGUAUUUAUUCCCUCCAUCACUCCAUUGGGGCUUCCUCCACAGGCUGUGGCCCUCCACCGAAAGUCAUUCCUGCACUCAAGGUAGUUCUCUCUACAUGAUCUGCUUUUUCUGAAUCCUGGUAACCACCACCUCCUCUUCAUCCUUGGGCCUGGUGAUGGGAAUAGCAAAGCUUUGAGGACUCCAGCAUCCCUUCCCACUCUUUAGUAUUAGCCCUUUUUCAAAACCUCCUCAAAUUAUUUGAAUUUAGAGUGGCAUCUCUUUUCUGGGUAUUAAAUUCUAGGAUGGAUCAAUUUCCCUCAGAAUUUUAAGGUCAUUGCUCCUCCACCUUCUACCUUCAAUGUGCUGUUAAGAAGUCUGAUGGGGCUUCCCUGGUGGCGCAGUGGUUGAGAGUCCACCUGCCGAUGCAGGGGACACGGGUUCGUGCCCCGGUCCGGGAAGAUCCCACAUGCCGCAGAGCAGCUGGGCCCGUGAGCCGUGGCCGCUGAGCCUGCGCGUCCGGAGCCUGUGCUCCGCAACGGGAGAGGCCACAACAGUGAGAGGCCCGCGUACCACAAAAAGAAGUCUGAUGCCCGUUGGACUCCAAUUCUUUCAUAAAUUACAUUCUUCUCCUCUCAGGAAGCUUUUGGGAUCUUCUUAUUUCUGGUGUUGUGAAAUGUCUCUGUGAUGAAACUCGGUAUGGAUCUGGUUUCAUUCAUUGUGCUAGAUAUCUGAUGGACCAUUUGAAUCUGGGGAUUCAUAUUCUUCAAUUUGAGGAAAAUUAUUUCCCAUUAUUUAUUUGGUACAAAUUAGGUACAGGCUUAAUUUAUAUGAUACAUACACAAUCAUAGUUGUCAGCAAUAUUUGUAUUUGUAUAAUACUGAUAUUUUCUCUUUAAACAUGUUUUCUAUUCUAGAGAAGAAUCUCCAAACAAAAUCUCACCAUGACUUAAUUUCAGUACUAGCUCUUCAUGUAGUUUGUAGAUAUGAGCUUUUAUUUUAUUUUAUUUAUUUAUUUUUUGGGUGCGUUGGAUCUUCUCUGGGUGCACGGGCUUUCUCUAGUUGCGGUGUGCGGGGGCUACUCUUUGUUGCGAUGCACGGGCUUCUCAUUGUGGUGGCUUCUCUUGUGGAGCAUGGGUUUUAGGUGUGCGGGCUUCAGUAGUUGUGGCAUGUGGGCUCAGUAGUUGUGGCGCACGGGCUUAGUUGCUCCAUGGCAUGUGGGAUCUUCCCAGACCAGGGAUCAAACCCACAUUCCCUGCAUUGGCAGGCGGAUUCUUAACCACUGCGCCACCAGGGAAGUCCCUAGAUAUGAGCUUUUAAAUUGUGAAUGUUCUGUUCUGUGUGGCAUGUUUUACUUAUAUAGAUGUAAUAGGAGGUGUUGAUUAAUAGGAGGUGGUUGUCCUUGCUCUAUGAUCAACUAAACUAGAGCUAUAAGACUACAAAUGCCAAUGAGUUAACUUCUAUCUGGAGAUUUUCUAAAAGGUGGCAAGGCUAUUCUAAUGCUUUCUUUCUCCCUUGAAUUGCCCUUAUCAUCUCAUCUAAGCCCAGGAACCAAGGAUUGGUGGCUCUUCUCCAGUUUCAUCUGCAUUAUCUCUUAACAUGCAAGUACCUUUCUUUUUCUGAGAUCUCCAAAGUUUGCCAUUGUUCCCAGGUUGCCUGGAAGUGAUAUCCUUGACCACCUGUAAACCUGGAACCCUGUAAGUCUAGAACAAACUCCAGAUCAGUUCCCAGUGAGGAAUAUGAAGUGGAUUCCAUAGUCCCAUUAAAAGAUAAACAGAGGCACGUUAAAAUUGACAAGAGUUUAUUUGAGCAAACAGUGAUUCAAAUCAGGCAGCACCAAACUGGAAGUGAUUAGGAGCUUUGUAAGGGAAAGGCUUUUAUAGAAUAGAGGCUGAAGCAAAGCAAGGAAAUUAUUUGACUGGUUAUACGUACUUAAGCAAUUGCCUUAUUUGGAAGAGCCUAGCUAACUGUUUGAGACUGGUUGUUCUAGCCAGAGCAACUAGGCAAGAAAAAGAAAUAAAAUGCAUCCAAAUUGGAAAGGAAGAAGUAAAACUGUCUCUGUUUGCAGAUGAUAUGAACUUAAACAUAGAAAACCCUAAAGACUCUACAAAAAAACUGUUAGAACUAAUGAAGGAAUUCAGUAAAAUUGCAGGAUACAAAACCAAGAUACAAAAUUCAGUUGUAUUUCAAUUCACUAAAAACAAACUAUCUUAAAAAAAGAAAACAACCCCAUUUACAGUAGCAUCAAAAACAAUAGAAUACUUAGGAAUAAAUUUAACCAAGGGGGUAAAAGAUCUGUCCACUGAAAACUAUUAAGACAUUGAUGAAAGAAAUUGAAGAAGACACAAGUAAAUGGAAACAUAUCCCAUGUUCAUGGAUCGGAAGAAUUACUAUUGUUAAAAUGUCCAUACUACCCAAAGACAUCUAUGGAUUUAAUGCAAUCUCUAUCAAAAUUCCAACAGUAUUUUUCAUAGAAAUAGAAAUAAAAACAAUCCUAAAACUCAUAUAGAGCUACAAAAGACUCCAAAUAGCCAAAGCAAUCCUGAGAAAGAAGAACAAAGUUGGUGGCAUCACAUUCCUUAUUUCAAACUUUAUCACUAAGCCAUAGUAUUCAAAAUAGUAUCGUACCAGCGUAAAAACAGACACAUAGACCAAUGGAACAGAAUCAAGAGCCCAGAAAUAAACCCAUGUGUAUACAGUCAACUAAUAUUUGACAAGGGAGCCAAAAAUACUCAGUGAGGACAGGAUAGUUUCUUCAAUAAAUUGUGUUGGGAAAACUGGAUAUUCACAUGCAAAAGAAUGAAAUUGGACCCCUGUCUCACACCACUCACAAAAUUAACUCAAAAUGGAUUAAAGACUUAAAUGUAAGACCUGAAACUAUAAAACUCCUAGAAGAAAACAUAGAGAAAAAGCUCCUUGACAUUGGCUCUUGGCAACAAUUUUUUGGCUAUGACACCAAAAGUGGAAGCAACAAAAGCAAAAAUAAACAAGAGGAACUACAUCAAGCUAAAAGCUUCUGCACAGCAAAAGAAACAAUCAGCAAAAUGAAAUGGCAACCUACAGAAUGGGAGAAAAUAUUUGCAAACCAUCUAUCUGAGAAGGGAUUAAUAACCAAUAUAUAUAUUAAUAACCAAUAUAAGGAACUCAUACAACUCAGUAGAAAAAAACCUCAAACAAUUCUAUUAAAAAUUGGGCAAAGGACUUGAAAGACAUUUCUCCCAAGAAGACACGCAAAUGGCCAAUAGGUACAAGAAAAUAUGCUCAACAUUACUAAUCAUCUGGGAAAUGUAGAUCAAAACCACAAUGAGAUAUGACCUUGUACCUGGUAGAAUGGCUAUCAUCAAAAAGACAGAGAUAACAAGAAUUGUCAAGGAAGUGGAAAAAAGGGAACCCUUGUGUAGUGGUGGUGGAAAUGUAAAUAGGUAUAGCUACUAUGGAAAACAGUAUGGAGGUUCCUCAAAAAAUUAAAAGUAGAACUACUGUAAGAUUCAGCAAUCCUACUUCUGUGUAUUUAUCCAAAGGGAAUGAAACUACUUUCCUAAAGAGAUAGCUACAUCCCCCUGUUCAUUGCACCAUUAUUUAUAAUAGCCAAGACAUGGAAACCACCAAAGUGUCCAUUGAUGGAUGAAAGGAUAAAGAAAAUGUCACACACACACAAACACAUACACAGAGUAAUAUUAUUCAGCCAUAAAAAAGAAGGAAAUUCUAUCUUUUGCAACAAUACGAAUGGCCCUUGAGGGCAUUAUGCUAAGUGAAGCAAGUCAGACAGAGAAAGACAAAUACUGUAUGAUCUCACUUAUGUGUGGAAUCUAAAACAGAUGAAUUCAUAGAAAUAGAGAGUAGAAAGGUAGUUGCCAAGGGCUGGGGGUGGGGUGGUGGUGGAGGGAACUGGGAGAUGCUGAUCAAAGGAUACCAGCUACCAGCUAUAAGAUGACUAAGUUCUGGGGAUCUAAUGUACAGCACAGUGACUGUAAUUAACAGUACUGUAUUAUGUACUUGAAUGUAUUGAUAUAUUGUUGUACUGUUAAGAGAGUAAAUCUUAAAUGUUAUCACCACACCAAAAAAAUGGUAAUUAUGUGAGGUGAUAAAGGUGUUAACUAACCUUACUGUGAUAAUCACUUUGCAAUAUAUGUGUAUCAAAUCAUCAUGUUGUACACCUUAAACUUACAUAUAAGUCAAUAAUAUCUCAAUAAAGCUGGAAAAAGCAUUUUAAUAUAUAUUAGUUUCCUUUCAAUCAUUUCCCAUGUAUUUAAAAAAGAUAAUUGUAUAUGGUAUGUAUCCAAUUUCAUGAGUAAUGUAAUUAUACAUUCUCCAUUUAAAAAGGAACUAUUUAUAAACAUAAUUAGAUAAUUUUAUAAUAUUUUUCUUAGUGCAUAUGUCACGGUUUACAUAACAAUUCUUUUAUUAUUGGGUAUUUUGGUGGUUUCCAAUACUAUUGCUAGAGAUAUUUUUGUGCAAAAGGCUUUUCCAUGUUUUGGAUGAUUUUCAAGAGGGUUAUUAUACUGAGAAGCUAUGGACAAGGGAGGCUUGCCAAUACCAAAUACUUUCAUUUAUUUAAAGUACUACCUAAUUUGAUUUACCAAAAUGGUAAUCUUUAUUUUUAAAUUGGCUUUUUCUUUGAUUACUAGAGAGAGUUUAUUUUCUCAUAUGUUUGUUAAUCAACUACAACUGUAAACUGUGUGACCCUACCCUUUGUCCAUUUAUCAGCUGGGGGUUUAGAGUUCAUUUUUAGAGAGAUUUCAGUGUACUUAUUCAUCCUUUGUCUUUUUUUUUAAACAGAGUAUUUCAGUUUUCUUCUUUACUUUGGUGUAUUUUUAUAUAUUGAAAAUUUUAUUUAUUUUGUAAUUGACUCUGUUGAUUGGGUGGGUUUUUGUGUGUGUGUGUGUGUGUGUGUGUGUAAGAUGUAACAGACUGGUUUUAGUUUAAAAAGUACACCCACGCCCGGAGAUCUGACAAUGCUAUGCGUUCCUUUAUUUUAAAUGGCUAACCUUGAAUUUACCUAAUUAUAUGGUAUCAAGAGAGAAUUUAAAUUAUUAAUGUACCUCGACAAAGGUUUUAACAUCAUGAAAAAUAUUUUUUCCGAUAAUUUGGGAUGUCUUCUUUAAAAAGCAUUCAAUUAUUAUGCAGAAUUGUGUCUUUUUCUUGAAUAAUUAUUCUAAGAUAUUGAUAUAUUUGUUGAUUUUUGUGCCUCAGUCAUACUUAUAAUUAUUACUGCUUUGUAAAAUGUUUUCAAAUCUCAUAAAGCUAAUUUCUUUUCAU